UAAACAGAUGAUUACUGUAUUUGCCGCGAGUUUUACUUUUUAAUUUUGUUUAGAAACUUAAGUUUUUACUUGUUUUAUUUGUCAUAAAAUGAGCGACGAACAGAACUCGUGGCGCACCCAACUGCUGCUGAUAUGCCAGCAAACCAGAUCCUGCAGCGAGUCCACCCACUUCGCUGUUCUGAAGGAUCACCACGCCAGACUGCAGACAUGCCAAAGCACGGAGAAAGCAAUGAUGGAGCGCCUGGAGCGCUGCCAGCAAACAAUACGAAGGAGUCGCAGGACGAGUCCAGGGAUUACCUGUGCAGACAUCAUGUUCGAGAUGCCUCCUGAUGCGGCUUUUGAGCCCAAAUGCAGGGGCUCCUACGAGAGUUGCGAAGCAACAGAGGUUGCCUCCAGUGAUCUGCAGGCUGCGCCGUUGGAAGUUGCAAUUACUAACCCGAUUGAACAGUCCAUUAAGGCAAGACCGGAGGAGCAUCUCCCAAUAAAAAGGAUUAAUUCCACAACGGAGACAGAUGCGCCACCAUACCCGACAGAGAACUCGCCCCAAAGCGGCUUUGGCUUUCGCACUGCCCGGGAGCAACUUAUCCUGGACGAUUUAAAGAAAAAGAGUCGACAGGCGACAAGUGAAAUGGAUACUGUCCCAUCUGGCAUGAUGAAUUUCCGGAAAAAAACGCUUGGUGGAAAGCGAACGGUUAGCUCUAACUUCGUAUCGCCCGUGGCGCAUAAUGAGAAUUCCACCAGCUCACGGUGCAGCAGCAUACCGCCCGCAUUGGCCCACUUGGAUUCCAAGAUGGUGGAGCAAAUUCUCGGGGAAAGCAUGCAUGAUUUCAAGCCUGUCGCUUGGGAAGAUAUUGCCGGUCUGGAAUCUGCAAAGUCCACAUUCCUCGAAGCCAUUAUCAUGCCUCUCCGGCGGCCUGACUUGUUCACUGGAGUGCGGUGUCCACCGCGAGGCGUUCUGCUUUUCGGACCACCUGGCACUGGCAAGACACUCAUUGCCAAGAGCAUUGCUUCCCAGGCAAAGGCCAAAUUCUUCAGCAUUAAUCCGUCCAGCCUGACCUCAAAGUGGGUUGGCGAUGCCGAGAAGCUGGUGAAGACAUUGUUUGCCGUGGCCGCUGCCCAUCAACCUGCUAUUAUAUUCAUAGACGAGGUGGAUUCCCUGCUGUCCAAACGUUCGGGAAACGAAAACGAGAGCACUCUACGCCUGAAAAACGAGUUUCUCAUUCACUUGGACGGUGCCGCUAGUAAUGAGGAAAUCCGAGUGCUAGUAAUAGGAGCCACCAACCGACCGCAGGAGCUGGAUGAGGCGGUGCGUCGGCGAUUUGUACGGCGUCUGUACGUUCCCUUACCCACGAUGGAAGCGCGUCAAAAGAUCAUAGAAAAGUUAAUUCGGCAGGUGAAGCACAGCCUGGAUGGCAUGCAAAUUACCGAGCUGGCUGAGCUUACCGAUGGUUAUUCGGGGGCGGACGUGGAUACGCUUUGCCGCUAUGCAUCCAUGGCUCCCCUUCGCUCAUUGACUCCCGACCAAAUGGAGGUCAUAGAAACGCAUCAGCUGCCUGCCGUAACCAUGGAUGAUUUUAAGCAGGCGCUAAGGGUUAUAUCUAAAAGUGUUUCUGCGGAGGACUGCAAGCAAUUUGAGGCCUGGAAUGAAAUCUACGGCGUUCGACAUUAAAAGCAGACACAGAAACGCACAUCAAAAUUACGUUCGUAUACGGAUUGUAAUAGACUGUUAAGUCCGUUUAAUGUCCUUAAUUAACUUAAUGCGUAAACAGCUCAGAAAACUACGCAAGUGAAGUUAAUCCGAAAAUGAGCUGACAAACUAACACCUACA